GUCCAGCAGCAGAAGCAGCAGCAGCAGCAGCAGCAGAAGCAGCAGAUCUCGUCUCCAGCAGGAACAGCGACGGCUCUAGUGCUAGAAAAGGAUCAGUGCCUUGAGUGAAUUGAUUGUCAUCCCUGCGGGCGAGCCUGUGCCAGCUCUGUGUUUCUUAGUGGGAAGAGCCCAGCUGUGUCGUUGUCAGUGUCAGGGAAGUUCUGCUUGUCAUGGUGAAAGAUGAAACAGUGGCCCACACUCAUGAUUCAGGCCAGGCGACAGAGAAGCCCAUUAUCCGGUGCCACAAAUGCGGGGAGCCAUGCAAGGGAGAAGUCCUCAGGGUCCAGUCAAAACACUUCCACUUAAAAUGCUUCAUUUGCAAAGUCUGUGGAUGCGACUUGGCACAAGGAGGCUUCUUCAUCAAGAACGGAGAGUACCUGUGCUCCCUAGACUACCAGCGCAUGUUUGGGACACGUUGCAAUGGCUGCGGAGACUUUGUAGAGGGAGAGGUUGUAACGGCGCUAGGAAAGACCUAUCACCCCAGCUGUUUUGCCUGCACAUCUUGCAAGCACCCCUUCCCUCCAGGAGACCGGGUAACCUUCAAUGGGAGAGAUUGUCUCUGCCAAAACUGCGCUGCCAUGCCGAUAUCUCCAGGACCAACAGAGAUUGCUACACCCAGUAGUUGCUCCGGCUGCGGCAGAGACAUAAAGAAUGGACAGGCCUUACUAGCGCUGGACAAGCAGUGGCACUUGGGAUGCUUUAAAUGCAAAUCCUGCGGGAAGGUCCUGACGGGCGAAUACAUAAGCAAGGAUGGCUCCCCGUACUGCGAGAAGGACUACCAGAUGCUGUUUGGGGUGAAGUGUGAGGCAUGCCAUGAUUUUAUCACUGGGAAAGUGCUGGAGGCAGGAGACAAGCAUUAUCACCCCAGCUGUGCACGAUGCAGCAGAUGCAACCAGAUGUUCACAGAAGGGGAAGAAAUGUUCCUACAAGGUUCAACGGUCUGGCAUCCGUACUGUAAGGAAACUACCAAGGCUGAGGAGAAGCUGCGGCCCACAAGAUCAUCUAGUGAAAGCGUCUACUCUAGGUCUGGGUCCAGCAUCCCAGGCUCUCCGGGACACACUAUAUGUGCUAAAGUAGAUAAUAAAAUUCUGGAUUACAAGGAUUUGGCUGCGAUUCCCAAAGUCAAAGCCAUUUAUGACAUAGAGCGUCCUGAUCUCAUAACUUACGAGCCCUUCUAUACAUCCACUAAUGAGGACCGGCACAGCGUAGGAGAGCCUCAGAGCCCAAGAAGUGACAGAUCGUCUGUGGUUGGCGAGAGAUCUCCCAGGACUUUGUCCCCAACACCUUCUGUAGAGGGUUACCAAGAUGGCCGGGAUCGGGUGAUGCAGAGGUCGACUAGCCAGGGCUCCAUCAAUUCUCCAGUGUACAGUCGCCAUAACUACAUCCCCACUGUCUCACGCUCCCCACAGCACUUCCACAGACCCGAGCUGUUGCGUACUGGUGGGCAGCGAUUGCCUUACAUGCGCACCAGCAGUUUCAGCUCCACCCUCAGCAACUCCCGUCCCAACUGCCCAUUCCGACACCACUCGGUCUUACAUGUGAAAGGCAAUGAGCCAAACAGCGGCAGGAAUUCCCCAAUCCCUUAUCGACCAGACAGUCGCCCUCUCUCUCCAACAUACGCUCAGGCCCUUAAACAUUUCCACCUUCCAGAUCAAGGCAUUAACAUUUACAGGAAGCCUCCAAUCUACAAGCAACAAGAUGCAGCUGCUUUGGCAGCGCAGAACUUCAAGUCCGAGAAUAUCAUCAAGUCCUCCAAGUUCCCGGCCGCUCAUGUACCGGCACCCAACGUGGUCCCAAAGAUUGAGACCGAUUACUGGCCCGGCCCACCUUCUCUUGCUGCCAUAGGUUCUGAUUCCAGGAGGCGGUCUAUCGCUCGGGAGGAAGAUGAAGAACUGGAGAAACGCAGACAUCUUCAUGAGGAGCAGCUGCUGAAGUUAAACUCAGGUCUGGGUCAGCUGAUACUAAAAGAAGAGAAGGAGAGUAGAGAGCGUGCUCUCCGAUAUGACUAUCUCCAUUCUGAUUCCUCCAAAACCUCCUCCCUCCCUGGCUAUGGAAGAAAUGGACUCCACCGGCCGGUCUCAACUGACUUUGGCCAAUACGACAGUUACGGGGAUAUAAGUGGCGACAUUCAAGAUUAUCAGUCGAUACCAGAUGGUCACGUUCCUGCAAUGAGAAUGGAUAGGGGCGUCUCUAUGCCUAACAUGUUGGAGCCAAAGAUUUUCCCCUAUGAGUUGCUCGUUGUCACCAACAGGGCGCGCAACAAGAUUCUAAGGGAUGUGGACAGAACCAGACUGGAGCGUCAUCUUGCCCCUGAAAUCUUUCAUGAAAUCUUUAGGAUGACGAUACAGGAAUUUGAUAAACUGCCGCUCUGGAGACGCAACGAUUUGAAGAAAAGAGCCAAACUCUUCUAAUUCCCUGAUCAGUGUAUGGUUUUGGGGAAGAAUCGGACAUGACGAGCCAUGGGAAGUGAUCCAAUGUCCCAUCCAAUAUCCCAUGUGGGACCGAAACAAUGGGCAGGAUUAUGGGCAGGGGUGCAAAUAACUCCCUGACGCUCUGUUGGCGGGCUACUAAUAUUCAGCUGGGGGGCUACUUAUACUCAGCUGGGGGCCACUAAUACUCAGAUGGGGGGCCACUAAUACUCAGAUGGGGGGGCACUAGGCAAGGAGAAUGGCCGCCUGUAACUGCUGUACAGGUGAAAAUUCUCUGCCAAUAGGAAGUAUGGGAGGGUGUGAGAUGCCAGUGUGCGUGUUUUUUAUUUUUUGUGUUAGUGAUUUUUUCUUAAAAUUCUUUUAAAUACUGGACAUUAACCCUUGUGCUUAGGUUGUCACUCUGAAUAAGUGAGCAGUGUUAUAAUCAAUGCCAUGUCUGCCUGUACCAAUAACAAACCCAACCAACUUCAUUUGCUCUGUACGACACAUGGGUUAAUGCCCGCACCCCUUUUAUUUUUUAUUAACGACCCACUUUACAUAUAGUGAUAGACGAGGUGAGUUUUUUUGCACAUAUGCGGGGGCUUAAUGCGUAUGAUUGGUUUAGACUAAGCAGCCCAUUCACAUGUCGUUGCCAUUUUUAUGUGUUUUUAAUUUUUCUUUUGGAAACUAUUUAAUCCGUUUGUACUUAGGACAUGUAAAGAGUGCAAGAUUGUAUUGAACCCCCGCAAUGGGGGGCAUUUACCUGCUUGGAAAUUCUGCCUUGCUUAAUAUAUAAAUGGCUCCACAAGGAAACAGGGAUCUAUAGAGCUGCAAUUCUCCAGCCAACCGAAGAGUAAUUAGGCUUUUGUGAACCUCACUCCCACAUACCUUAAAUGAUGGUGUAAAGAGCAGCAUAGAUGGAGGGGCUGAAUGAUGCCUUGAGUUGUUUAUCCUGAUACCCAAAGUUGGGGACAGCUGGUUUCCCGCAUACCCCCAAAUGUUGAGUUGAUGACAAUUCUAUCAAGUUGACUUUUUAAGUGAAGGUUUACUUGUUCCGUUAAUCAAGUUGAUUUUAAUUAAGGAAGACAAAGGGGUUAUUUUGCGCUCUCUGCAUCUCCCAUGGGUGACGACUGACCUGCUGACAAUAUUGAAGGAAUUGCUCUUGCCAGCGAGUGAAUUUUCAGAAGACAAAACAAUGGACUCACUGUUUGGACUCCCUUUUUCCAAAUGAAUUGUCUCUCAGCAGAAAACACUCCAUUAACCUAAUUUUUUCAUGUCUCUUCUUUUCUCUCGUUUGCAUGGACAAUCCUCUGUUUUUAUAGGCUGAAUGAAUGGCAUUAAAUGUGUUUUAAUCCAGCAGAGUUUGAAGUCCAGAAAGCUUUCUAAUGGCCCAAAAAUGGUCUUUCUCAUUGGGCACCUGCCAUAUAUAUUAAUAUAUAUAUAAAUAUAUAACUGGACAUUAGGAAUUUCUAUAAUGUAUCAGAUCUAUUAAAGGAUGAUGUAUGAAAUGUAUGUGCGAUCUAGACAGCGACAAACCUUCCCCUGCUAUGGUGCUUAAUGUCUAGGGCUGCUCUGUCACUUACGAAUAUAUCUCUACUGCCGCUCAUUAAAGUGAAAUAUAAAGGA